GUUUUUGUAUCUGCUUCAGAGCGGAUUCAACCGCCAAGUAAGUUACAUUUUGCCAUGUCACGCUAAAGUAGUUUGGGAGCAGUUUAUUUAUAGCAAAUUGGAUUGGCGUGGACACAGACAUAUUCAUGUGGAUAUAGAAUAUGAAAUGAGAGACCGUCGUGUUUUUUGAAGAUAAUUACCGGUGAUUUGUGAGCCGCUGUUAUUACUGUAUCGCUAAUGUUAGUCAGUGAAGCCAGAAGCCUCAUGUUUUCGUCGAGCCAAGAGGAGCACUGCGCCCCGUCCAAAGACCCAGUGAAAUACGGGGAGCUGGUGGUGCUGGGGUACAAUGGCUCUCUGCCUAAUGGAGAUCGGGGUAGACGGAAAAGCCGAUUUGCGCUGUACAGGAAGACCAAAGCCAACGGUGUUAAGCCAAGCACUGUGCACAUCCUCAACACACCCCAGGCCAGCAAGGCUGUGAAUUGUAAAGGCCAACACAGCAUCUCCUACACACUGUCCAGGAACCAUACGGUAGUGGUGGAGUACUGCCAUGACAAGGACACAGACAUGUUUCAGAUUGGGCGUUCCACUGAGAGUCCCAUAGACUUUGUGGUGACUGACACAAUAGCAGGAGGCCAGGAGGGAGAGGAGACUCCCAUUACACAAAGCACCAUCUCCCGUUUUGCCUGCCGAGUUGUCUGCGAGCGCAACCCGCCUUACACUGCUCGCAUCUACGCAGCUGGUUUUGAUUCUUCCAAAAACAUCUUCCUUGGGGAAAAAGCUGCAAAAUGGAAGAACCCUGACGGUCACAUGGACGGACUAACAACCAAUGGUGUGCUGGUAAUGCACCCCAAGGGUGGGUUCACGGAGGAGUCAAAGCCUGGCGUAUGGAGAGAGAUUUCUGUUUGUGGGGAUGUCUACACGCUGAGAGAGACUCGUUCAGCACAGACUCCAGGCAAACUGGUGGAGCAUGAGAAUAAUAUACUGCAGGACGGCUCCCUGGUGGAUCUCUGUGGAGCCACUUUGCUGUGGCGUACCGCAGAAGGCCUCUUUCACACUCCCACCCAAAAGCAUCUGGAGGCUCUCAGGCAGGAGAUCAACGCAGGGCGUCCCCAGUGCCCCGUGGGUCUCAACACGCUCGCCUUCCCCAGCAUGCAACGCAGCCGCGCCCUCUCCUCCCUCGAGGACAAGCAGCCUUGGGUCUACUUGGCCUGUGGCCACGUUCACGGCCACCACAACUGGGGCCACCGCUCAGAGCAGGAGGCCUGCCCUCAGAGAGAGUGUCCCAUGUGCCGGGUGGUCGGGCCCUACGUACCACUGUGGCUGGGCUGCGAGCCGGCCUUCUACGUGGACACGGGUGCACCCACUCAUGCCUUUGUGCCAUGUGGACACGUGUGCUCGGAGAAGUCGGUCAAGUACUGGGCCGAGAUCCCUCUGCCCCACGGAACCCACGCCUUCCACUCUGCCUGCCCCUUCUGUGCCACCCAGCUCAGCCUCACUCAGGGCUGUUCCAAGCUAAUCUUCCAGGGCCCGGUGGACUGAGCUGAGGGGUCCUGCUCUGUCAGAGAAGAUUAGACAGGAAUGCCAACAUGCUGUGAAACUGUUCCGAUUAUUUUGUGCUUUCUUUUGUUCAUGCAAGCCAGCUGUGGAAAGGAGUAAGUCUUCUCAAGUUCUGGUCAUAUACUGUGGAUUCUUCACAACAGAGAGCCAUUACAGAUUGUUCAGGGCCUUGUGUGGCUGUGGAUGGCCACUGUGGGAGACAGAGACGUGAAGCACACUGGACCACAGAUGCCUUGCUCCUCCAAAAUGAAAUACUGUUUCAGCUGUCCGGCAAAAGACUGUUUUAAACCACAACGACUGCUGGUUUUCCAUCCGUGGGCUUUAAGGUGGUUGAAUAUUGAGAAUAAUUUAAUGUUUUUACAGAGCCAGACAGCUGGACUGUUGGCUGGGAGAAACUCUGGGUCUCAUGGCUCACUAGUUAAGUGCUCCCCAUUGCCCUGUCUGCCCUGAACCCCUAAUGGCAUCUAUAUCAUGUAGUUCUCCGGAUUCGGGCUUCCAUUUGCUGAACAAACUCUAAGGCAGGGAAAAAGACUUAAUGUACAGAGAUAUAAUCCAGUGCCUCAAAUCCCAUUAAACGGUGGGAAUAUUUUUUAAUAAAUGAGAAAAGAUGGCAAAGGGAGAGAUAAUUUUGCAUACAUAAGACAUAUGGAAAUGACAGCCCACAUGGAUUCUUCAACACAUUUCUAUCAGACAGAAGAGGUAUUUUACUACACUGAGGCCCUUGUACUGUUUUGUAAUGCAAAUGUUAAUAUAUUUUUCUUCUGCAUAAAUAACGUGUGAGAGUGUGUGGGUUGGACUGUGUGGGCACCCUUGGGCUUUGUUUGAGUCGACCUGCAUCAUUUCACCACAAUCCCCCUUCCUAUGAUCUCGCCCACCUUCCAAAACACCACCAGAGAGAACAGGAACUCAACCAAGCUCGCAGGGUUUGACAAUGAAUGUACUGAAAUACAUUGGCUCUCCUCACUGGUGGUCCUUUAAUUAUACAACAUACCUUCUCAAUGGCUGUGCUGUUCAAGGUGUAAUAGUACAGUGAAAGAUGAGAACUGUGCUACCAUAUGCAUCCACCGCACCUGCCUGCUAGCCUGCUAGCUAGCCGUGCCCCUGCCCCACACACGUACUGUAUUCAAUCUGCACUGUUGUUAGCUUUAUCCCGUGCUGGGUCUGAUCCAAUGAUUUGUACGCUGUUAAACCUGGGCACAGUCUCAGCAGCAUCCAGAGAUUAUACCAAAUAUAAGGAGGAGCUGUUUUUUCUCCACAUGCAAGAUGUAACGACCACUCUCUCCGAUCCAAAGUGUUUCUGUAAACAAUCCUAAACCCAAACUGCUGCUAUGGUGGAAUGUUGACAGCUCUGGAUUACGGUCGAGGCUGUUCAGCUGCUCACAACCAGCUCCAAGAGAAUAAUGAUAUUAUCACACACCAUGCCAAAUUUGGUAAGUUCUAUUGUGUGCGGAUGAGGCAAGUUGUCCAAAACAAAGUAGCAGAUCAAUUGAAACUAAAGAAUCUGGGACGAAUUGUGCAUUCUUCAGUGAUGUUACCUUACCAGACUGUGCCCAUAUGUAGAGUGUAGUUGGAGGCAUUAAUUCUGCCCCUUGUUUAUAAAGUACAAUAUUGAGCAUUACAAUUGUGAGAUGUUGAGGCUAGUGUUGCUAUUAGAGCGUUCACAUUCUCUUCAGGUUGUAUUAUGAUGAAUAUAAUUGAGAGACGGGCAGAACCCACCUUGAUUAAGGGCUUGUUGACAAAUCUGAUCACAAAAGCAGCGGUGGACCGCUGGAGGGUUUUUCUUUGUUGGUUGCGUCUUAAAAGAAACAAACCAAGCAUUUUGAAAAGUAACGGCAGCAUUACGCUACACUCAGACCACAGAGCAUUUCUGAAUCCCUUGAUUCUUCUGAUUUUGAUGUAACUGCCGAGCAGGGUCAAGAUCUAAGCCCCAUAUUGUACAGUAGAACUCCUCUCCAACACGUUGUGCCCAUUGCUUAAGACCGUUUUCUGUAACAGCUGCAGAGUAGCUGCCCCAAACAUUCCUCCUUGGUAAACGUGGGUGGGGCUCUCAGUUCACCCAAGGCCUUGUUCCGUGAGUUUUGUCUGUACACAAGCCAUAGAACACACCGAUGCUCCCAAUGCCUCCUUUGCAAAGAAUAAAAUGUCUUUUUAAAAAUGU